AUGAUUGUACCAAUCGAGCAAGUUAAGCCAAAGAAAAAGGGAGUCGCGAAAAAGAUGGUCAGCUUCUUCAAGAAACAAUUCGUCUCGUAUCAAUACCCAAUCAAGGAAAUUAACCAGAGAGCUCUUUGGAUCGAUACAAAUACCAAGACCAAUCUCGGCGCCAUGACAAAAGCUUCUGUCAACUCAGUCCUUCAUUGCCCGCCACCACCCUACCCAAAAUCUGUCGGAUUAGCUGCGAUGACUACGAAAGAAGAGCCUCCAAUGCACUCCCAGUUCUCUGACGAAACACUGAAGUAUGCCACCAUCCGAAGAUCCUACUCUGUCCGCUACCGUAGCGCUUCUCGUUACUACUAA